AUGUCUGAAACAGACGGGCAUUUAAAUUUAUUAAAUAAAAAUUUAAAUAAUUUAAAACAACAACAAGAAAAACAAUCAAAACAAAAAAAUAUUUUUUGUUUUUGUAAAUUUUGUGGAUAUAGAUAUAUUAUUUUAUUAAUUACGACUCUCUGCCUAACUUCAAUUUGUUCAAAUAUGAUAGUUUUUAAUUUUACUUUAAUUUUAAUGAAAAGACCAAAUUGGGAAAAUAUAACAAUUAUAUCUAGUAGUUUUAAUUCUUCAACUAAAAUUAUUAAAGAAGAAGAAGGUUUUUUUGUUGUCUUUAAUCAAACACAUAUUAUACCUAAAUAUGUGCCUUAUAGUCAAGCAGAAAAAGCUCAAUUACAAUAUGCUGUUGGAAUAGCAAGUAUAAUAUCAACAUUCCCCUUUUCAAUGUUAUAUACAAAAUUUGGUGCCCGUUUUGUAUUUUUGUCAGCUGGAAUACUUUCAACAAUAUCUACGGGAUUAUUACCUUUUGCUGCUUCUAAAGGAAUGAUUGAAUUUACAUUGAUUAGAUUAAUUCAGGGUUUUGCUUAUGGGGCUAAUUUUGCAGCUAUUGGGUUUGUUUGUCAACGUUGGGCUACUUUACAGCAACAUGGAUUUUUUUUGUAA